CGAAAACAGAACACUCCCAUAUCAUAACGAAGCACAACCGCCACAAUGCCCAAAGACGGACAUUCCAGAGACCUAUCUCCUGCUCACCGCGACCGCAGCGCCUACAAGCGUAAACACCGCGAAGCCUCCGAUGAUGCUCCACCGGCCAAGAAGAAAAUCCAACUCGGGACACAAAAGCGCGAAAAGAACGAAUAUCCCUCCGUCAAUGAAUUGAAGAGACGGAUUCGUGCUGUGAAGCGACUGUUGGAAAAGGUGGACUUGCCCGCUGAUGCGCGAAUCGUGCAGGAACGAGCGUUGUCUGGGUAUGAGAAGGAUUUGGAGGAUGAGAUGCAGAGACGGGAUAGGUCACAGAUGAUCAAGAAGUAUCACUUCGUUAGAUUCCUGGACCGCAAAUCAGCAACCAAAGACCUCAAGCGUCUCCAGCGCCGCGAAAAGGAAACUACAGACCAGAAAGCCCUCGAGUCUCUGCACGAGAAAGUUCACGCCGCCCGCGUCAGCCUUAACUACACAAUCUACUACCCGCUCAAUGACAAAUACAUCUCCCUUUACGCGGAACAGAAGCAAAAGAAGCCUUCUCAGCCCGAGUCCGCGGAUGAUACCCAUUCCGGGGCUGACGAGAAGGAUACCACUGUGACGAUGACUCUGGCUCAUGCGGAGAAGCCUCCCAUGUGGUUUACCGUCGAGAAGUGCAUGGAAGAGGGAACGCUCGAUCUUCUACGGGAGGGCAAAUUGAGCACUCCAGGAGAGAGUGGAGGAGACGCGAAGAAGGCAUCGACAACGACGGAGAAGAAGAAGAAGGACGUUGUCAAGAAGGUUAACAAGGAAUCGAAGAAACCAACGGAGAAGAAAGACAGCCGCACCAAGUCGAAGCCGGAGCUGGAGCCGGAGCCCGUCAACAGAAGGAGCAGGCGCAAUGCUGCCAGAGAAGAGGCGGUCAUGCGCAAGGCCCAGGAGGAUGACGAUGGUGACAGCGACGGUGGUUUCUUCGAGAUGUAAUGUGCUUCUACCAGGCCAUACCAUAUUGUAUCAGGAUGGUGUGUAUAGAAGAUGCUAUAUAUCGCAUGUGCAUAGUUUAGGAGUUCGGGAUAUCAGCAUUUUUCUUCUCAAGCAGGCUAAUUAAGUACACUCGUUAUUUCCCUCCAUUUCUGGAUCUCCCUUUACUUCAGUUCGAAUGCCAUCCUUUUUCGUAGAGUGUUCGAUUCGUAAUUCCUCAGCAAGCGUAAUCGCAAUGAGAGCCCUCAUAAGUUGUCCCAUCUCAUCUCAAUGUGAUUCCGGAUGUCCCAGGGCCCAUAUGGCUGGACUUCCAGACAACCUUCAUCCCCC